UUUAUCGCAGCUAGAAAUUAAUAUUAGAUUUAUAAUAUAUUUUUUAUUAAAAAUUAUUUUCGGGGCUAUUAAAUUCUUAUUGCAGUUGCAGUCUUCCGUUUCUCUAUGAGAUAUACGUGUAUACGGACAUCCGAUACCUUGUGCGAAUUGAUACAAGAAGGCGGCGCAAUUGGCGACGAUAUAUUUAAGUCUACUGGUCUAAGCGAAAAUUCGGGAAUUAAAUAAUUUACAGGAUCUAGCGGUUGCUGAGUCAGAAUCUAAAACAGUUGGCAUUAUAUCCGCCGCGAUAACUCAUAACCGCAUUUGUGUGUCCGGCCUGUCGUUGAUCUGUUUCACUGCCGUCGACGCUUUCUACACGGUAUCGCAUAAAGCGAGUUUUAGUGAAUCCCGGGAUAAUUCAUCGCUCGCUCCCACUAAUAGCAUAACAGAAAGACAGCCUAAUCGAGAUGUCGAGGCCAAUCCUUAGCAGGCCGCGCACGUUCAUCUACGGCAGCAACUACGACAAGGGCGAGUCCUAUUACAAGCCCAUGGUCGACCACCUAGACCGGAAGUAUAGCUCGCGGCCGUUGUUCCCGGAGCCGAGAAACUCUCUAGCCGACGAGAUCGCGGCGCGCCGUAGCGACAUCGGCACGCACGGCCUCUCCGGUCCCCGCACCGGUUCCCUCGGGCGCGACCCUGACCUCGACCUUGACCCCCGUAACCGAGCCUCCCAACUACCGCCCUUGACUGACCCCCUGCUAGCCCCCGAUGACGAGGACACCGUCUAUGACAGCCGUGGACAGCGCAUAUCAGCGCGACACAGGAUGGGUGACGAGUUCGUGGACGACGUGAUGGCAACGACCCGCCGUUUUCGAGCUCGAGUGGCGGCGAUGAACGUCGAAGACGAGCUCGAGGCCGCGACCAGCGCGAGUCAGGCAAGAAGAAGCGCCAGCGAUCUUCUGGAGAACGCCAUAACUGCCAGGAAGGGCAUUAAAUCGGCGAUCGAGGAUGCCGAAAGCAGUUUUAAGAAGCGCUCGAAGCUUUUCGACGAGAUCGAUCGCGCCGACGAGGGUAAAUCUACGUUCGCCAGGUGGACCAAGCUGGUCAACGAGGAUGACGAUCUAAUACCGGCCAGCGCAGCCGCCAGCCGAGCCAAGCAGACGAAGGCGCGCCUCCACGAUCUUCAGUCAGAGAUGGAUGAGAUUGCCGAGAGGCAAGCCAAGAGAGAACGCAGAACGGCGGCUCUCAGGGCGUUGGUCAACGAAACAGUGCCCGAUUCCAAUGUCGUUCAACAGUCGAUGUCGAGCCUCAGUAAGAAGGUGUCGGUACGCAGUGCCGAAAAGUCGGAGAAGCACGUCAGUUUCUAGACGAGGAGAAUUUUGCGAUCUAUUUUAGUUUUCACGACGGUGUUUUACAGUUGUACAGAUAUAUUGUACCCUGAAGACUUCCGUUUUGUGAUCCGUGAAAGAGAAAAAAAUCCGAUCUUAAUAUAAAGUUUGUCACGGUUACCAUGCAGAGAGAUUGUUAAUUUUUUGGAAAAUGCAGCUGAAACAAAAGCAAUUUUUUCGACUUAUUAUAUGUUCUUAUUUUAAUCUAAAAUAUGCAAGAAUACAAUUUUAUUAUUUGUUAAAUUGUUUUUUAAAUAAUUAAAACAUAUGUAUCAAAUAGAAUUUUUAAAUUAUUUGAUUAUUAUAAUAUCUACAUAUACAUAUAUUGCAUAUAAUAUUUUUAAUUUAAUUCAAUUUUUUGGCUAUUUCAGUUGCAAUGCAAUAUUACGAUUGUAACUUGAUUUGUUAUAAAACACACACAUUAUUGUACUUUAAUAUACGAAUAUAGAAUUUUUCCAAUAUAUUUGCCAUUAAAUAACGACCGAUGUUUGCGUUCUUGGCAAUUAUGCACUUAUAAUGUCGUUAAUUUGUUCGUGAAAGAAACGUACGUUAGCUAUAUUAAUGGUAUUUAAUUGAUAAUAAUGUAUCUUGGCGCUUAUAUUUCCAUGAUAUACGUACGUUCGUUUCACGUAGCUCUAUAAUUAUAACUGUAUUAAUACGUUAAUAUGCGAGGCAUAUCUUUCGAAAAUAUAUUUAAUCUAUCAUUUUUUAUUCAAUUAAACUAUUUUUUUGAUUAUAAUUGAGAUUUACUAGUUCUAUUUUUAUUUUAAAUCGUGAUUUUUAUAUAAAUUUCGACGAACGAGUUUAAUUAAUGUUGCGUCAACUAUAUUUCUCAAAAUUUAAUAUGUAUAUAUUUUCGAUCGAUAUCCCUCGCAUCGUGAUAAUUUUUUGCUUUUCUGCUCCUCGAUCUGUGAUUCGAGAGAGCUUAAGUGUUGAUUGUUCCUAAUGAAAGAGAAAUACAUUUUAGAAAAUCUGCAAAAAAAUAUUCUCAUAUAUUAAGUAUACUUAUAUAAAUACAAUAAUCGUACUGUCAUAAUUGCUCUCAAAAAACAUUGUCGUUUUCAGAGAAUUAUUUUCCGUUAUUAUUUGGGGAGCACACACUUUGUAACGCAAAUUUUUAAAAACACAGUUCUCAAGAGAAGCGCGACAUAAUCUAUAAAACUUUUGCCAGAAAUUCAACAUAUACAUAUAUGUAAACUUCAUCUUUCUUAUUUAUGAAUAAAUCUUGUUUGAAAA